AUGUGUUACUAUGGCAGCUACUAUGGAGGCCUGGGCUGUGGCUAUAGUGGCCUAGGAUGUGGCUGUGGCUAUGGCUGUGGCUAUGGGUCUGGCUAUAGUGGCUAUGGUUAUGGCUGUUGCCGCCCACUGUGCUGUGGAAGAUACUGGUCUUAUGGGUUCUACUGA